ACCUCGCAAACGGAGGGCGCCCUUACUCCCAGCAAAUGGGCGAUAGAAAACCGAUCGGUGCCUGUACCAUUCCCACUAUGCGAUGGCCUGACGUAGGGGCAGAAUGAGUACGAGCAUUUUUUUUUUAUUGCCGAUGCCCACGAUGCCGCCCCUGGCAACCGCCCGUCGCCCGUAUCAAAAACCGCUACUGGUUGUAGGUACUAACUAAGGUACCUUCCUAAUGCCACUUCGCUGCAACAGAAAAUCUUUGCCUAAUGAUUUGUUUCUCCGUGAAGUUGGUUUAUGUGAAUAUCAUUUUAACUCUAACAAGAUCAGUGGAUGGAAGUUAUUGCGACUCCAUGAGCAGUCUGCUGCUCCCGAUGGUGGUGCUUCAGUGCACAUAUGUAGUAGAAGCUCUUCAGGUGAUUGGUGGAAAUGUGAAAGUGGUUCAAGGAGGUACUGCUAUCCUGCCGUGCCAUGUCACUGGUACCAAUGAUGACCUGACACAGAUUACCUGGCAGAGGAGGACGAGAGAAAAACCUCACAAUGACAAUUUCCUCACUAUCCUACCCAGAGAGGGAGUGCAGUUUGUCAAUGGAGGUGAUGAUCGAUUUAAAUAUAUCGGGAAUUUUAACAACAAAAAUGGAACUCUCCAGUUAUCCAAUGUUGCCCUGAAGGAUGAAGGCAGCUACACGUGCAUCUUCACCUUGUUUCCCAGUGGAAAUCAGAAGACUGAGAUACCUCUAAACUUGCUUGGUAUGAUAAAAUUUAAAAUUCUGGUGCCUCCUUUCACAAACAUCAAGGACAAUCUUCCCACUUUGGGCACAGAAGAGGUUUUAUUUGCUACCUGCACGGCUGCUGGAUCGAAGCCUCCUGCAGAGGUGAGGUGGCUCACUGGUGCUUUGGGAGACAAAGUGAGGACAACAACAAACUCCACACAGUAUGACAACGAUACAACUACCACAGUCAGCUCUCUGUUUGGUGUUCCUACGAGAGAGAUUAACGGUCACCAGGUCCAGUGUGUCACUCUCUAUUUAGUGUCACUGCUGAGUGCCUGCAACACAAUGCAUCUUUUGAUGCAACCUAUAAAACAGAUUAAGACAAACUGGAACAAAUUAGUGGCCCAAGUCAGCUUUAAAUACCAUCAGGUGCUUAAAGCUGACGUCUCACAGAUUCCCAAAUUCCAGGUUUCGACACUCUGUGACCAAAGUUCACUGAACCAACAGCAAAAGAAGACCAAAACUAUGCUUCAUGUUUGA